AUGAUAUAUGGAAAUUGUUCUACACUAGACCUUAGAGACUGUACUGUAGAAGUACUGAUUAGUAUUUUACAUAACUGCAAUUCUUUUAAUGUUGCAGGUGAAGAUGAGAAUCGGAGCCCAGAGUGUCUGAGGAUUGUGCUGCUAGGGAAGACCGGCGGUGGAAAGAGCUCCUCAGGAAACACCAUUCUGGGAAGGAAGGAGUUUGAAGCCAAAUCCAGUCAAAAAUCAGUCACUAAAUGUUGCCAGAAAGCAGAGGGAGAAGUGAACGGUCGUCCUGUGGCUGUGGUCGACACUCCUGGUCUGUUUGACACCAUCAUGUCCCAUGAACAGGUGAAUGAGGAGCUGGUGAGGUGCAUCAGUCUUCUGGCUCCAGGACCACAUGUUUUCCUGUUGGUGCUACAGGUCUGCCGGCUCACAGCAGAGGAGAAGGAGACGUUAAAACUUGUCCAGAAAGUGUUUGGGAAGAAUUCAGAACAGUUCACCAUCGUUCUGUUCACGAGAGGAGACGACCUGGAGCACCAGCUACAGUCCGGUGAAGAAUACAUCGAAAAAGAAUGUGAUGAUUCCUUCAAGAAGCUGAUCUCUGACUGUGGAGGAAGAUACCAUGUGUUUAACAACUAUGAUGAACAAAACCGCACACAGGUCAGUGAGCUGAUAAAAAAGGUCGACACCAUGGUGAAGGAGAACGGAGGCAGCUGCUACACCAACGAGAUGCUGCAGGAGGCUGAAGCAGCAAUAAAGAGGAAUGUUGAGAAGAUCCUGAAAGACAAGGAAGAAGAGAUACAGAGAGACUUGGAGAAACUUGAGCGACAACAUGAAGAAGAAAUUAAAGAAAUGGAAAAAAGAAUGGCAGAACAAAGAGCAGAAGGUGAAGAAGAGAGAGAAGUGACAGGGGAAAAUAAAGACCAACAGAGAAGAGAACAACUGGAAAAGGGAAGAAAUGAGUUAGAGAAGAAACACAAGAAAAGAGUGGAUGAUAUGAACAAUAGAUACGAAAAAGAGGCUAGAAAACAAGCGGAGGAGUUCAACAGGUUCAGACAGAUAUACAAUAUGAACUUUGCAGGUCUACUGGAACAGCAUCAGGAGGAGCUGGAGGACCUGAUGCUAAAGCAUGAGAAGGAAAUGCAGGAGACCGAGGAGCAGCGUAAACUGGUGGACAACUUGUUGAUUCACAAAGAAACACAGCUAAAGGAAGAACUGGGACAGAAAGACAAGCAGCUGAAAGAGAUGGAGAACCUGAAGAAAAGUCAAGAGCAGGAGAUAGAGAAGUUAAAAGAGAAAUACAACAACAAGUGUGUCAUCCUCUGAAGAAGCUUCCUGCUCCUUAACCUUGUCAUUAUAACACAAACACACAGUGAAGGGCUUUGACAGCAUCUAGUCCUUUACGCAGUCUGAGCCCACUUUUAUUAGUUAUAAAUGGAUUUCACUCGGCAUAGACACAGCUAAACUGUUAACAAAUUAUAUAAUAUAAUAUUUAAGGAGUUGGAGUUUUCUAACCAUGUUAAAAACAUAACUGGUCAUUUUAACUGUGAUGAGUACGUUCCUGCAAAUGUCAUAGUUUAAGAUGAAGGUUUCUGCAGACCCCUCACACCCCAGACACAAACUGUUUGACAUCCUCACCUCUGGGUGCUACAGGUCGCUGUACACAAAGACAACCAGGCGCAGGGACAGUUUCCUCCCUGGCUCUGAUCAACACUUAACCCAUGACUGUGUAUAUAGUAGGAUACAGCAUCACCCUGGUGCAGUGCCUCAUGUCUACAUAGACAGUAUUUAUAAGUAGAUUGUGUCUCUUUUUCUGCUGCUGAUUGAAAGUUGUUGCACAUUUUCACUGUUUCAACACAGAGUUUAGUUUUAUUUCUUGUUGCCUUGCAAAGCGCACCCUGUAAACGUGCUUGGCCAGUAAAGAUCAGAUUCUGUCAGACCCCAUCCAUAGAUGUACUGUAAAAUAGAUUUUCCUUCUUUAUUCACAUGCAAAACAAUUUCAUUUUAAUGAGACACCGUAUGUCCAACUCUGACACAGAAGGAAUCAGGCUCUGAUCACGGUUUGAUGCCACUUUAAUUUGUGCUUAAGUCCUGAGGGCUGGUCUUUCCCCUUUGAACAAAAUAAAAACCUGCACAUGUGUGAAUGAUGAGCACUGUCAC